AUGUUCUUUCGGGAUUUGUCAAGAAAUUUUCCGCAUUUAGUUGAUGUUGUAGAGGAAGAUCCUAACUCUACCAUAGAUAUUAGUACUCCGCCUAGGCAGAUACCAGAGUCAAGGCAGAUACUUACACCCUUGCAGACAUCAGAACCAUGGCAGAUAGCAGAUGUAAGGCAGAUAUCAGAUACAGCUGAAAUACUGGCCGAAGAUUCUGAUGAAGCACCGAGAAGACGUUCUACAGAGUCAGAUAAAGAGUUGCGAAGGAAAGAGAAAGCGUCAAGGAAAGAGAAAGAAGGAAGGAAAGAGAAAGAGGGAAGAAAAGAGGAGGAGGGAGAGAAAAGAAAGAAGACAAAGAAGACUGAUCUAGAAGGAAAGGGGGAGAAGAGAAAAAAUGAAGAUGGAAAGGAGAAGGAGAAGAGAGAGGAGAAGAAGAAGGAAAAAGAGAAGGGAGAGGAGCUUGAAAAGAAGAAGGAGGAAGAGAAGGGAGAGAAGCUGGAAAAGAAGAAGGAGGAAGAGAUGGAUAAAGAUGAGGAUUCUCCCAUUGACCUGAGUGUAUCAAGAAUAUCAGUGGAUUCUUUAAAUAAGGA